CGUUUUUGCAGAAAAUACAUAAAAAUGCAUUUUAAAAAUUGUGUGUGUGUAGGUGUCUGUGCACCAAAUGUUAGCAAUGGUUACUCUGCUUGGUGAGAUUACAGGUAACAGUUAUUUUGUGGCAUUUUAGAAAUAUAAGGAAAGCAAUUAACUUAAGAACUUAUUGAAUACUAGGACAAACAACUACCUGACCGUGGUAUUCUUUUAAUGAAACACUGGAUUCCAUUCCACUUUCAGUCUUUUCCACUUACAUAUUAAGUGAAAGUGGUAUGGAUCCUUUUACACCAAUGUUGUUUCGACAAAAAAGAGAUACAGAUGUUUCCCUUUGUCAAGUGUUUCAAAUCUCCCGGCGGAAACAUACACACAUCUAUGCCUGGCAGAGGGGAGCCGGUUCUAUUCAGUAGUCUCGGCGGGGACGGGAACACAGGCUUUGUUUCCUUCCGCAGGAGCAGGCUGCUUCUCCCUGGGUUCGGGUCUCGAGCUGCGUGCAAACGGAGAAUGAUGGGACAGUAUCCCGGGGCACAUCCCGGGAGGCGCCGGCGAGCUGGCAGGCUGCCCCGCAGGACGCCGGGAACCGCGCGCGGAGGCUGCUGCCGCGCAGGCGCACCGGCCGGGCUGCGCUACGUGGGGCAUCUUGGCACUGCGCGGAGACCGGUCUGUCGCGGCGGGAGGGCUAGGGCGUGCGGCCCGAGCUGGUGAGAGGGGUGAGCCAGGGCUCCCCUGGGUCUGGGGAGGGGACAAGCCGGGUAGCGCCGCCUCGGCCCCGCCCGCUGUCACCCGUGGCGCGCAGUGUGCCCCGCGCCCCAGAGUCGGCUCAGACAAAGGCUGCGAGGGCAGGGCCGGGCGGUUCAGCCCUGGAGAAAAGGUUUAUCCUCUCCAUUUCGGGAGGAGGAAACUGGAUUAGCGGGGUUACGGGAUUUGCCGCAGCCGGCAAGGGAAGGAGCUGGGAUUCAAAGCCAGAUCCUUUUUGAUUCCAAAUCUCAGACUACUCUAAACCUAGUGCUGCCUAAAACAAAGAAUUGGGUUUUAUUUAUCCCGUUAUGCUUCAUGACCCCAGCACGGUGUUUUGGACCAUAUGGACUGUAUAUAUCCACGGUCUCCAUGUAUCUUUUGUAAACAAUGUUCAGUGAUUGGUGCAAGUUCUAGAAUUCUGACCAUGUGAUUGAACUUUCCGGAUCCUUUUGCUGACUGAUGUUUUCUAACCAGCAUGGCUAGGGGCCUGUAGACUUGGCGAUUUAGAAUAAACGUCUGGAGCCUCCCGCUGCCUGCUGAGGAGACAGAUGGAGCGCAAGGAUGGGAGGUGUUUCUGAGAGCCUAGGGAGUAAAAAGGUCCAGACUCCGGAUUUUGGUGCUGUAUGUUCGCCGGGUUCCUGAGAGUGGAGGACACCUGUGCAACUGUGAAGCCUCCUGUCAGUUUCCGGCAGUUUCCUCAUCAAAAGUGGACAAGCCCAGUCAGGACUCUCUGCCCUGUGAGCUGAGCUACAGUUCGCCAGAAAGGAGCGCCAAAGUUAUCAUGCUUCAGAGACUCCUAAUCACCCUGCCCGUCGAGGCCAGCACCUGGGUGAAGUUGCACCAUCCAAAGAAGGCCACGGAGGGGGCGCCCCUGUGAGAGGACGUGACUAAGAUGUUUGAAGGAGAAGUUCUGCUAUCUCAGGAUGCUGAUGAGACCCGGGGAGAAAGUUUUGAGGAUGAAGUGGCAUCUGGGUCCCUGACAGCAGAAUCCCAGGAACUGUUAACCUUCAAAGACAUAUCUGUGGACUUCACCCAGGAGGAGUGGGGGCAGCUGGCCCCUGCUCACCGGAAUCUGUACCGGGAGGUGAUGCUGGAGAACUAUGGGAACCUGGUCUCAGUGGCAGGGUAUCAGCUUUCCAAACCUGGUGUGAUUUCCCAGUUGGAGAAGGGAGAAGAACCAUGGCUGAUGGAGAGAGAGAUUUCAGGAGGUCCAACUCCAGACUUGGAGGAUGAAACAGAAACCAAAGAGUCAAUCUUAAAGAAUGACAUCUCAUGGGAAGAAUUACACCAUGACCUGAUGAUGGAAAGGUCCACAAGAGGAAGCACCUUGGUUUCCACAUUUGGAAGGGACUCCAAAUGUCAUAAGUUAGAAAACCACGAGGAGAACCAAGGAAUGGGUGCAGGGCAAAUCCCCUUGAUCCACAAGAAAACACUCACACAGGAGAGAGGCCAAGAAUCUAACAGAUGUGUGAAAAGUAUUAAUGUGUACUCAAAAGUUAUUCCAGGACCAAUAGAUCCUCCAAGAAAAAGACACCAUAAAUAUGACAUAUCUAGAAGGAAAAGUAGAUACAAUUUAGGUUUGAUUAAUCACUCAAGGAAUUAUACAAGAAUGAAAACCUUUGAAUGUAAUAUUUGUGAAAAAAUCUUCAAACAGCUCAUUCAUCUUACAGAACACAUGAGAAUUCAUACUGGAGAGAAACCUUUCAGGUGUAAAGAAUGUGGAAAAGCCUUUAGCCAAAGUUCAUCCCUUAUUCCACAUCAGAGAAUCCAUACUGGUGAGAAACCCUAUGAGUGUAAAGAAUGUGGGAAAACCUUCAGACAUCCAUCAUCUCUUACUCAACAUGUUAGAAUUCAUACUGGGGAGAAACCCUAUGAAUGUGGUGUAUGUGAGAAAGCAUUCAGCCAGAGCAUUGGGCUGAUCCAGCAUCUGAGAACUCAUGUCAGAGAGAAACCUUUUACAUGCAAAGACUGUGGAAAAGCAUUUUUCCAGAUUAGACACCUCAGGCAACAUGAGAUUAUUCAUACUGGUGUGAAACCCUAUGUUUGUAAUGUAUGCAGUAAAACCUUCAGCCACAGCACAUACCUAACUCAACACCAGAGAACUCAUACUGGGGAAAGACCAUAUAAAUGUAAGGAAUGUGGGAAAGCCUUUAGCCAGAGAAUACAUCUUUCUAUCCAUCAAAGAGUCCAUACUGGAGUGAAACCUUAUAAAUGCAGUCAUUGUGGGAAAGCCUUCAGGCAUGAUUCAUCCUUUGCUAAACAUCAGAGAAUUCAUACUGGAGAAAAACCAUAUGAUUGUAAUGAAUGUGGAAAAGCCUUCAGCUGUAGUUCAUCACUCAUUCGACAUUGCAAAACACAUUUAAGAAAUACCUUCAGCAAUGAUAUGUGAAAUAUGUUCAACAUCAAAGAAUCCCCAAAUCGGAGCAAAAACCUCUAAAUCUAUGGUUUUCUGACUUUUGGAUUUCAAGAACCAAUAAUUAUUUUUUAAUGGUUUGACCCAAUGUUACAACUAUUAAUUUUGCCAUAUUAAAAAAAGCACUACCUAUUAUCUGCAUUGUUUCAGAAAAGAAAGGGCAUUUUAAUAUUUAAAAAUACAGGAAGGAUAUAUUCAUAGAGAACAGCCCUUUACAUUUGAAUUAACUUAGCUUUAUGAAAAUCUCCCAAAUUUGUCUUUAUUUUUCUCAUUUCACUGUGGGCCAGUGAAAUCAUCACAACAGGCCAGUGAUCUGUGAUUGGCUUUGAGAGUCACUGUUUUAAAUAUCCCUUUAAUGAAUCAGAAUAAAAUAUAAUCUUUACUAUAGCUCUUUAUAUGGCUAGAAGAGGUAUAAAUAAAAAUGUCAGUUGUCUCAUUUCUAGAAGAAAUAAUGUUAAAGGGAUUUUUCUAGACUUGAUAGAUAAUGUGCUAUACAUGAGAUACUUAUAUUUUAUGGUUUUCUAUAAAGAGGAAUUGGCAAACUUUUUCUAUAAAGGGCCAGAUAGUAAAUAUGUUAGGUGUUGUAGGCCAUAUGGCCUCUGUCAGAACUACUCAACUCUACCAUUUUAGUGCAAAAGCAUCCAGAGGCAAUAUAUAAAUCAGGGUAUCUCAAUCUUGGUGCUGCUGAUAUUUGGGGGCCAGAUACUUUGUUAUGGGCAGCCAUCCUGUGCAUCGUAGGGUGUUUAGCAGCAUCCCUGGCCACUGGAUGCCAGUAGUCCCCUCAUCCAUUGUGAUGACCAAAACUUUCCCCAGACAUUGCUAGAUGUCCCCUGGAGGGCAAGGUAGUUCCUACUUGAGAACCACUGACAAAUGAAUGGGUGUAGCUGUGUUCCAAUAAACUUUAUUUAAAAGACAAAUUUGAGUUGCAUUUAGCUCGAGGGUUGUAGUUUGCCACUCCUGCUAUAGAGUAUGUAAAAUGAUUAAUACUGACAAUGGACUGUCAUUUAAUGUCAAAUUUAUAUGUUUGUUUAUAUCUAUGCCAAAAAUCUUAUUUCCUUACCAAUUCCUUUGGUAUUUUGUUGCAAAAAAAAUUUUUUUAAAUCACAAUUAUGAUGCUAUUGUGGAAACCUAGGAAUUAUUUAUGGAGAUAUUUAUGCAGACUUUAGUUCAUAAUGAUGCUUUCUUGUUCAUCCACAAGUGCUUUGAGAUGUAUCUCUAAAAGGUAACCACCACUCUGUUAAGACUUAACUGCAAUGCCAUUAUUACAGGUAAGAAAAUUAAGCCAUAAUUCCUUAAUACAUAUUGAUGUUUUUUUGAAGAUAGACAUAUUAAGAUUGGUGGCUGCCAUUUUAAUUGUUUUUGACUUUCCAUUUGCCAAAUGUACAGUAUUAGAUUCAAAAAUGUGCUUUCUGCUGAGUGGGAGGGUCUUUGAGAUAGCCCCAGAAAAACACAUCUAGAGACCCACCAAAGAGGACCAGGGAGAAAGUGACCAUGGGCCAAACUGAGGCAGGAAAGUAUGAGAGAAGAAGUGGAGGAGUUGAUUCAUAGUACUUCACUGUAUUUACAAAUACUGCAUCCUUCCAAACAUAAUUGAAGAUUGGUCAAGUUCAACUUCUUACUCUUAAAUGGAAGAACAAACAAUUCAACUGCCUGAGCAUUGUGUGAACUAUCAAAAGUAAAGCUGUUAAUCCAGAAUAUAUACCAUUAUCUCUAGAUAUUUUCUAUUAGUAUAUUUACUUUAGAAAAACAAAAAACAACUGGCUUCUAACUCUUAGGUCCUGUAUGACUUUGAGGGGCAGAGGACAGAGUGAGGAUGCUCACUGUUCCUUAUAUAUGUUUGUCCAUGUUUCCAUGGUCUUAGAUUUCCCAAGAAUUUGGGUUUCUCUGAUUGCUUCUUUUAGUGAAAGGCAUGACCAUCACUUUUCUCUGCCUCAGUGAGUCCCUGCCUCAGUGAUCUCAUAUAAUGUCUUAUAGCUUAAAAUACUAUCUCUGUUUAAUUGCCAAAUUCACGUCCCCAGCUUAGACCUUUCUUCUGAACUCCAUCCUCUUCCUGCCAUUGAGCCUUUGCACUAGCUGUUCCUUCAGACAUCCUACCCUUCCCUUCUCAUCUUUGCUCAAUGUUGCCUUUUCACUAAAGCCUGUUCUGACCAUGCUACUUAAUACUGCAACCUGUCCCUUACCCCCUAACUUCAAUAUUUCCAACCCCCCCUUAAUUUGUUCUGUUCUUUCUUUGUCCAUAUCACAUAUCACCUAACAUACUAGAUAAUUUACAUAUUUACUAUGCUUAUUAUUUACUAUUGUCUCCCCUUACUAAUAUGUAAGUUCCAUGAGAGCAGGAUCUGUUUUGUUUGCCAGUGUAUCAUAAGUGCCUAGAAUAGUGCCUGGCACACAGUAGGGACUCAAGAAAUAUUUGUUGAAUUGCUUUGAUUUGAACUGAAUUGAAUUACAUAUCUAUGAUGACAGUAGAGAAAGGCAGUUCCUAUACUGUCUCACCUAGAUUUUAUAGGUGAGGAAACCUUUCCGUUUCCUUUUUUUUCUUUGCAAAUGGAUCAGAAUUUAUAAGCCUCUAAGAAUGGUGAAUCAUAACUGACAUACUUUUAAGAUAGAAGGGUAUUUUUAAGUUAAUUUGUUUAAAAUGCAGUUAAGUAGGGCUGAUUAACUACAUGACUUUAUCUUUGUUUUUGUAAAAGAGUUUACAUUACCACCUUCCUUCAUCCCAAAGGAGACUAGAGUUUAUUCUCUGGAGAAGGACAAUUUGCUCUGGAAUCAGAGACACCAGACACAGAAGAGACAGGGGUAAGAAACAGGGCUGAAAUGGAGACUGAAUGGUGGCAUGCGCAGCCCCUCUCCCGGGGGAAGGCAGGCUCCACCCCUUCAACAGCCCCCCACUCCAGUUUAACUCAUCCCUUCAUAUAUAAUUUAUUUGUAUGACUAUUGUUAGUCUUGGUAUCACUGAAAAGGUUAUUUCCUAUAUUUUGAGUUUGUGUUUUUACAUCUGAUGCAACUGAGGAUCUAAAUGCUUCUGCUUUCCAAAUUUCUAGUCAAUUAUCCAAAUACCCCUCAUUGUUUGUCAUCCUCUUUCAACUGAUUGUGCCAAACACACUCUGUACAUCUACAGAGAUGACCUUAUUUAAAUGGCAUCAUUCCUAUGAAAUGGAUACUAUUAUUAUCCCCCAUUUUAUAAAUGAAGACACUGAAGAUCUGAGGGGAUAAAUGAUAUGCCCAAGGUUGCACAGCUAAGCAGUUGAAAUGCUGGAUGGGUUAAACUGCUGGGACAGGAGCUGGGCUGUGUGUGACAUUCACGUGUCUUUUAAUUUCUCUGAUGAGACAUUUUAAUGAAAAUAUAUGUAGUUGAUUUCAAAACACAGGUAAGUUUCCUCUAUUUACCUUUAUUUUUCUAAAAGUUUCUUUUCAAAAUAUGUAUGUUGAAGCCCUAGCACCCAAUGUGAUUGUAUCUGGAGAAGAGCUUUUGGAAGGUACUUAGGGUUAGAUGAGGUCAUGAGAGUGACCUUCAUGAUGGAAUUAGUGCCCUUAAAAGAAGAGACGCCAGAGAACAAACUCCCUUUCCCUCUCCCGCCGUUACUAACGGUCUGUUACUAACGGACCCUUAGUCUGUUCCGGUUGCUGUAAGAAAAAUAUCAUAG